AUGAGACCAGCGCGGGCCUUGUUCCCUGUGCUGACCGUGGCCGCCGCGGGCGUUGGUGUUGCGUCCGCGCAGUCCACCACGUCGACGGCGCCGGCUCCCGACCUCGCCCCGCGCCACAACGAUGCAGCAACCCUCGCCGCCCGUAAUCACAUGGAAACCGUCCGACGGAUCAUCACCCGCACAAUAAUCCAAAACACCCGCCGACCAUCACCUACAAGUGACGGUAACAACGACAACAACGACAACAACGACAACAACGACAACGACGACGACAACGACGAAAACGAAGACGACGAUGAAGCCACAACCACCCGCCAACAAACACGAACCCCAACCUCCUCCCCCACAACAAUAACAACCUCCACCGCCACCAACGACUCCAACCAAACCGACACCAGCACAGGCGGCCUCUCCGCGGGCGCCGCAGCGGGCAUCACAGCCGCCGCCGUCGCUGGCGUGGCCAUCAUCGCAGCCGUCGCCUUCCUCGUAUGGCGGCGGCGGCAAGGCGGCAUCCGCGGCGCGAUCAUCACGGCCGACUACCCGCGGGGCAUGGGCGGUCGCGGCCGUAGCAGCAGCCGGGGCCGCGGGAUGGAGGAGAACGGUGCAGGGGGGCCGCCGAAGACGCCGGUCCCACCGCCGCCGCAGAUGAUGAUGGCGGGGGCGCGGGAUACGUACGGGGAUGGGGCUGGGUACGGGUAUGGGUAUGGGGAGGGGGUCGGGUACGCGGCAAAGGGGGUGGAGGAGCAGGAUCUGGGGGAGGGCAAGAGUAGUGGGAGUAGUGGUGGGAGUGAGGUGGCGUUCAGGAUACCGCCUGCGGGCACCAUUCCCGCCGAGCAAGCGUAUGAAGUGCUAGGGGUGUAUCCGCCGCCACAGCAACCGCAGCAGCAGCAGCAGCAGCAGCAGCAGCCGCCGCCGCAGCAAUUAUGGCUGGGGGGUGGCGACUUGGGUGAAGCGCGCCCCGUCAGCGCGUUCACCGUGUACCCGUCGCCGGGCCCGAUUCUGCCCGUGUCGCCCAUGACGCCCUACCGGCCCGAGAGCAGUAUCCUGAUGUCGGGACAGCAGCCGCAGUCGCGCAUCCCGUCGUAUUACCCCGACCCGGCUAGCCCUGGUCCUCCGGCAUUUUUGAUACCAGGCGGCAAUAGGGCGCGCGCUAUGAGCUUCUCGAGCGUGUCUCAUGUUAACGGUGGGCCGCGUGUGGCGGAAUUGGUUGGGUCACCACCGCCACCAGUGCCGUCGAUGAUGGUUAUCGUCGAGGGAGAACCGCCUACACGGCGCAGCCACGCUGGGAUACCAUGA